GGAGUCGGUGCAGCAGGACUGAGCAACACAGAGUAGAGCACAGCGCGCAGCAUCCAUCUAGCAGGUUGUCGGAAGAAGCAGGAUACCUUUAAACAAGAACAUGUUUCCCUGUGUACUGACAUCUAAAAUUUGCAUAAUAAUAAAUAAUUGGCGCUUUGAUUCGUCUACGAAAAACAACUGCUUGUGCAUUCCGCGCUGUAAUGAAACACGGGAAGACUGGUUUUAAAAGACAAUGAUAUUGGAAGGUUAAUAUAAAGAAACAGUCGUUUUAUUUUGGUAAAUUUCGCACUAUAUUAAAAAAAAGAAACGCAAAAGAAGAGCAGCUUCAAGGCCGAACAAUAUGAUCGAGUCCUCAUGCGCACAAUCACUGAAAAAACUGUUUGACUAUUCUGUGAAAUGUUGCUCUUAGUAUCACACAGCACAAAAAAGGGUAUCGAUUUCGCAAACAUCAAGAAGAAAGUAACGUACGGAUCAGCGCCGAAAAUCCUCUUGUAGACGGAUUUACUGUUGUUCCUGCUGGCACCGUUUCUGCUUCGGUAGACUCAGAGAGCCACAUAAGCGAGGAGGACACAUAGGAUACAGGUGACUUACUCACAAAAGAGCGAGGGGCAGAAGUAAAAGCAGAAUUGCGAGGAUGUGAGGAGGGGAGGCGAGCUGUUAAUCCUCAGCGUCUCAGAGACAGGCGCUGUCCGUUCAGCACCCUUCUUGUCACCUUGCGUUGAAUGUCACCAAAUCUUUGAAAGAGCUCUGGCGAACGCGAGUCUGGGUGUACGGUGCCAGACACUGGCUCUCUGUUUUUUUUUGUUUUUUUUUUAAUUUGUCCAGGAAAAAUUGUGCUUUUACCAAUCUAACACAUUACUUUGGUGGGGGAGGGGCAUUGUCCCCUCAAAGGCCACAGGCUGCCUCCACCUUUCUCCGAGUACUUUCAUAUGAAGUGCUAGAAGAGGAAAGACGAUUUAUCUAUCUUGUGUCCUUCAGGUACUGGACUCCUGGAAACUGACAGGCCUCGCUUUUUGUUAAUCGUUUUGUUUGUUUUCUCCUCUGUUCCUCAUGUGCGCUCUGGAUGUGUUUCCUUCUCCUUGUUCUCUUGCCGCGUUAGUUUUUUAAUGCCUGAAACUCGUCCACGACAUGCCUAAGAGACGAGAUGGGCCAGGGCGACGAAAGCGAUCGCAUUGUGAUAAACGUGGGAGGAACCAGACAUCAGACUUACCGCAGCACCCUGCGCACCUUGCCCGGCACACGUUUAGCCUGGCUGGCAGAGCCUGACGCCCACAGCCAUUUCGACUAUGAUCCUCGGAUUGACGAGUUCUUCUUCGACCGCCACCCAGGCGUUUUUGCGCACAUACUCAACUACUACAGGACCGGCAAGCUACACUGCCCGGCGGACGUUUGCGGUCCACUGUAUGAAGAAGAACUUGCCUUUUGGGGCAUUGACGAGACCGAUGUGGAACCUUGUUGCUGGAUGACCUAUAGACAGCAUCGGGACGCAGAAGAAGCUCUGGAUAGUUUCGGCGGAGGGCCUGUGGAUUUGGGGAGCAAGGAUGGUGCCGAUGGAGAUGGCAUGGGGGAUUCAGGUGACGGCGAAGAUGAGCUGGAAAUGACCAAAAGACUGGCAUUGGGGGACUCCCCCGAUGCUAAAUCUGGGGGGUUGUGGCGGCGCUGGCAACGGCGCGUUUGGGCACUAUUCGAAGAUCCAUAUUCUUCUAAAUAUGCAAGGUGGGUGGCCUUCGCUUCCCUGUUUUUUAUCCUGGUGUCCAUCACGACGUUCUGCCUGGAAACCCAUGAGGCCUUUAACCCAAUCACCAACCGAACAGAGGAGGAGAAGGUGGACAACACGACUGUGCAGCACGUCUACCAGGAGACUGAAACUGUGGCGUACCUGACCUACAUCGAGGGAGUAUGUGUGGUCUGGUUCACAUUUGAGUUCCUCAUGCGCAUCACCUUCUGCCCUGACAAAGUUGAGUUUAUCCGCAACUCACUAAAUAUCAUUGACUUUGUGGCCAUUUUGCCCUUCUACCUGGAAGUGGGGCUGAGCGGCUUGUCUUCCAAAGCAGCCAAGGACGUAUUAGGCUUCCUGAGGGUUGUCCGUUUUGUGCGAAUUUUGAGGAUCUUCAAGCUGACCCGCCAUUUUGUGGGGCUGAGGGUCCUGGGUCACACCUUGAGGGCCAGCACCAAUGAAUUCCUUCUUCUGAUCAUCUUCCUGGCGCUGGGUGUCUUGAUCUUUGCCACCAUGAUCUACUAUGCUGAGCGCAUCGGUGCUAAACCCAAUGACCCAAGAGCAAGUCAACAUACGCACUUCAAAAAUAUCCCAAUUGGGUUCUGGUGGGCUGUUGUCACCAUGACCACUUUGGGCUAUGGAGACAUGUACCCUCAGACCUGGUCUGGCAUGCUCGUAGGGGCGCUUUGCGCUCUUGCUGGUGUGCUAACCAUUGCAAUGCCUGUGCCAGUCAUCGUCAACAAUUUUGGAAUGUACUACUCCUUGGCAAUGGCUAAGCAGAAGCUACCAAAGAAAAAAAACAAGCAUAUUCCCCGGCCACCCCAGCUGGGAUCUCCCAAUUACUGUAAGUCGGGCGUAAAUUCGCCUCACCACAGCACUCAGAGUGACACCUGUCCCUUGGCCCAGGAAGAGAUUUUAGAAAUAAACAGAGCAGAUCCGAAAGUGAAUGGCGAAGCAGACAAGGCGGCGUUGGCCAACGAAGACUGCCCGCAUAUAGACCAGGCUUUGUCGCCUGAGGAUGGCCAGCUCUUUAGCCCAGUCGAGAGAUGUGAACAUCCCUGCUUCCUCUUAACAACCGGGGAGCUGGCUUGCCCAUCUGGGGGAAGAGUGAGGAAGGAUCCCUGUAAAGAGGAUUCUGUCGUUUCUAAAUAUUUGCAAGCAGAGGCAGUCAAGGUGACCUGAACAGGCGGACUAUUUCUUAAAGGUGGACCAAACUAUAUAUUUUUUUUCCUUUUCACUGCCCAUUUGUUACUGGGGAGGGGGGGGGGAAUGAACAGUAGCACUGGGAAAAGAAGAAGAAUGAUGAAAGUAUAAUGCUCAUAAAAAGAAAAAAAAAUACUCACAUGCAAAACCCUGAAGGAUAUGAAGACGGUCGAGUUUUGUUUUUUCUUUUUUUUUCUGAGCUCGAGUUCACUUGUUUUGAAACUGGCUCCAGAUGAGGCAAAAAGGAUGACCAUACCAACAAGAAAAGGAAAGGACACACAGUAGAUGUGAGCAACAGCAAUGGACUCACCAUCUGAAAGACUAGAAGACUCCUAUCUGUUCAUUUAGCAUGAAUUGCAUGAUAUAUUAUCAGGAAAAACCUGUAAUUGUAAUGAUUAUCUUUAAGAAAAAAAAUAUAUAUUUUCUUUCCAGAGCUCCUUUUACAUACAUUCAAUGUAGCUAAAAUGUAUCACAGUAUAAAAUUGUACUUUUUAUUUAUUUAUUUUGAAACUGAUUGCUUUCACUCUGUUUUUGUAUAGAAAAUAUACUGUACAAAAGUGACAGUUUUUAAGACAAGUGUGCAAUCAGACCAGUCAUCGGUCAUAUUGACCCUCAUAUAGGCUUAAAAAAAUCACAUGAACAAGGGACAAAAAGCAGCGAUUAGCAAGUUGCGUCUGUGUAGUUUUAAUGAUUCUUUUAGAUCUGUUUCCGUUGGCAUGCUUGUGACUAUGGACCUGAUAAUACCCAGCUGGGCUAACUUUAAAUAUAUUUUUUAAUUUUG